AAUUAAAUGCAGCUCUGCUUUUGAUAUAAUCGGUCGAGUCGCGUCGCGUUUCGUUACGUUACGAUGCAAUGCAGUUUCCGUGGUCGCGAGAAAGAUCUGUGCUGUGCGGGUUAUAUAAGUUGAUAUAAAGGUUCACUUUUCGCAAUGCCGGCGGAUCAGAUCCUGUACUCCGAUAAGUACUUCGAUGACAAGUACGAAUACAGGCACGUCAUUUUGCCUGCGGAUCUGGCCAAACAUGUCCCCAAGGCCCACCUAAUGACUGAGACGGAGUGGCGCAACCUGGGCGUGCAGCAGAGUCCUGGAUGGGUGCACUACAUGGUCCAUGCGCCGGAGCCGCAUGUGAUUCUCUUCCGUCGCAAGCGCGUUGAGGAGGAGGUGGCGGCUCCACAGGUGGCAGCUGCGCCCGAAUCACAGAAUCGCGCAAAUGUGUGCGCCUAAGACGGGAUCACACUAGAUUAUCGCCACUCAGGGAGUGCUCAAGUGCUCAUGCAGUAUUUCAUAAGUUAGCAUCAGGCAUCCUGAUGUAAAAUUAGUUUCCAUAGCUUUAGGAGCUGACUAGUUCAAACACAUACAAACAUACGAUACGAUGUUAAUUUCAUUAGUUUAUUUACCUAAAAUACAAUCGAAGCGUACGCCAAGUGUACAAACAGCUAAAA